AUGAGCGCUCGCUCCUUCUGGAGACCUGGGAGAGGCCAAUCUCGCGCCGCAGUCUACAGUUUCCUGGGGUUGGUCAGCUGGUUCCCCGUCAUCGCCAGCUUCAACCUUUACGUUGCCGAAGUCACCAGGAUCAACGGCAAGUCCAUGUAUCCGUUUAUGAACGCCGACCGGGACAGCACCCUGCGGCGAGAUGUAUGUUUGAAUUUGAAAUGGGGCGCCAACAAGGACUUGGAAAGGGGCAUGGUUGUCACGUUACGGAGUCCAACUCAACCUGAGAACAUCGCCGUGAAGCGCGUCGUCGCUCUGGAAGGGGACGUCAUCAGGACCAAGACGCCGUAUCCCGUUGCCACGGUCAUGGUGCCGGCAGAACAUGUCUGGGUGGAGGGCGAUGGGCCACCAGGGACGAGCCUGGACAGCAACACAGGACAAUCGAAGGCUCGCGCGCGAGCACAAGCUAUGGGUUCCGAUGGCGAGGACAUUGAGGCCGAGGGUCGGCCGCCCUUUCUUCAUGCUAUGGUUGCCGGUGGCAUAGGCGGCUCGACAGGCGACAUGCUCAUGCACUCCCUCGACACGGUCAAGACGCGCCAGCAAGGCGAUCCCCACAUUCCCAGCAAAUACACCUCGCUCGGUCAGACGUACUGGACGAUAUGGCGGCAGGAGGGCAUUCGCAGGGGCUUGUACGGCGGCUGGUUACCAGCGUUUGGAGGCUCGUUCCCGGGCACGGUUAUGUUCUUCGGCACGUAUGAGUGGAGUAAACGACUCCUCCUGGACCAUGGGUGCCAGCAGCAUCUGGCCUAUCUCUCAGCUGGUUUCUUGGGCGAUCUGGCUGCCUCCGUCGUCUACGUUCCCUCUGAAGUACUCAAGACCCGACUCCAGCUCCAAGGUCGUUACAACAACCCUCACUUCAAAUCCGGCUACAACUACCGCGGGACCAUCGACGCAGCACGGACCAUUGUGCGCACUGAAGGCACAGCAGCGCUUUUCCAUGGAUAUCAGGCCACGCUAUAUCGUGAUCUGCCCUUCUCUGCCCUGCAGUUCAUGUUUUGGGAGCAGUUCCACGCGUGGGCGCGCCAGUACAAGCAAAGUCGCGACGUCGGUGUGCCGCUCGAGUUGCUGACGGGCGGCCUAGCCGGUGGGUUAGCAGGUGUGAUAACCUGUCCGCUGGACGUCGUAAAGACCCGACUGCAGACGCAGGUCAAUGAGCCCAGUAGCUCCAGUACUCUCGCAAAAGAGGCCGGCGCAAGUACGCAGCGCAGGAGCAUCUCGACGUCGUCGCCCAACACGCAUCGACCGAAACCAGGAGCUGCCGCGCUGCACACGUCAUCUGUGAUCAAGGGGUUACACGUCCUCUACCGCAGCGAGGGCAUAGCUGGCUGGUUCAGGGGCGUGGGGCCGCGUGGUGUGUGGACGUUCAUCCAAAGCGGGUGUAUGCUGUUCUUGUACCAGCGACUCCUGCGGCAGAUGGAUACUUGGUUCCCUGAGCAAGACGAGUCCAGGGCCAUUUGA